AUGGCUUCCGACGCAAUCAAGCGCCCAAGGACGGGUCCUCUGCAUUUCAUGACCAAGCUCUCGCCCUUUGUUGAUGUGUACCGACCCCCAACCACGCCGCCAUCAGAUCGCCCCUCGCCCCGUCUCAUCGUCAUUCUACCAUGGAUGUAUGCAAGCCCAAUGUCCAUCGCAAAGUACAUUCGCGGCUAUCAGGCUCUUUAUCCCGCGGCGCAGAUCCUACUAGUCCGCAGCACAGCUAAGCAUAUCCUCUGGCGUCCCCAAAUAGCAUCCACGGACUUUAACGCGGCCGUUUCGGUCAUCCGGGGCUCUGUGGAUUCCAGCAAACCUGGGCCGCAAAUCCUGCUGCAUAUAUUUUCCAUCGGCGGCUCUGCAGCACUAGGUCACAUACGCAAUACUUUUGGAAACAAUCUCCCACCUCACGUCUCAGUCUUCGACUCUGGGCCGGGAUUGUCUGGCCAAAGCCGCAGCGUGGCAGCGAUAACGGCAGAAAUGAGAGGUGCCGUCUACGUGCUCCUCUAUCCAGUCGCCCACUUCUUCACCUUCUUAUACUACGUCCUGUACUGGAGACGCAGGGAUGCCUUUGAGCACUUUUACCUAUCACACAACAGCUCUAAUAACGAGCUCAGGCGGGUGUAUAUCUAUAGCGAGAGCGACCGGCUCAUGGGCUUCGCGGAUGUGGAGAAGCACGCCGCCAUGGCCAAGGACAAGGGCUACUCGGUCAGGAUGGAGAAGUUUCACGGCACGCAGCACGUAUCCCACGUGCGGGCGGACGAGGACAGGUACUGGGCUGCUAUAAGGGAGACGUGGGAAGGGUAA